AAAUCGUCGACGUCCCGUUCCCCAAAAAAACAAAAACAAAAAAUAAUAAUAAAAUAAACUGAAAACCGAGUGCCAACACCUUAGCCACGAAUGCCAGCGAAGCACAGCAGCACCACCUCCACCAUAAUAGCCACGAUGAUCCGGUGGUGCUGGUGGAUCGCGGUUCAGUGCUCUCGGCGGGGGCAGAAAACCCGGCUCGGGUUGGAGUUCAAAUAAAUACGGCGCCCUCUGUUCCCAGCCGAUCAUUCGCGGUCUGACGCCAGUCCGAGAAGCUUCGACUCCUCCAAAUCGUUGUGAUAAAGUGCUCAAAAGGAUAUAUUCCCCGCGGUUAGAACUUGAAGAGAGGCACAACGCCAGGUGUGCCAGGUGUUAAAUUUGAUCAAUCGAUUCGGUGGAAGCCAGUGGAACGGGGACAUCAUGAGAGCUGUCAUGUUGCUACCCUGCUUGGCCCUGCUCGUUUGUGUACGGGCAGCGGUGACAGGACCGGAGGCCAGGUCCUCGAGUGCAAACUCCAAGGAUCAACAGCUGGCCACGGCCGGAGUGGGAGUUCUGGACUCUGUGUUGCGGGGAAAGAGCCGUCAGUCACGGUGUGUGAGAUGCUAUGAGGAUCGUGAUCGUGAUCGUUAUUAUGGAGGAUACUCUAGUCGCACGGGAGAUGACAUGCGUAGCAGUGCCUGGUACUAUUCAGGAUAUGAUGAUCGGAGCAGCAGCCGAGGUGGUGAUCGUGACUACGAUCGGUAUUACGACCGCUAUCGUAAUUACUACGAUGAUCGUUAUUCCCCAAGGACCUACGAUCGGUAUGAGGGACGUGGCUAUGAUGAUUACAGGCGAGGAUCCUAUGGAGGCUCGGGAGCCUAUGAUCGUGAUCGUGGUUAUGGAUAUGACAACAGGGAGAGGGAUAGAUACUACGGUGAUCGAUAUAACGAGGGUUCCUCAAGAGACCGCUACUAUGAUCGCUCGAGAAGCAACUAUGAUCGCUAUGAUCCCUAUGAUCGUUAUUACUCCAGGUAUGAUUUUCGCAACUACCGCCCUUGGGAUGAGACCUACAGAGGCCAAUCGGGCUUCGAUAACUCGGGACGGGGUUAUUACUUUGCCGGUGAUGCCGAGGAUGAUAGCGAUACUGGCCGGAAUCGUGGCUAUGGCGGUGGUUACUCCUACAGCCGACCUUCUCCCUCGCUAAACUCGCCCUGUGGCAACCGCCUCUUGGGCAGUAAUUGUCCCUAUUCUGGAGGCGGCUCCAAGGUCACGUCCUCGGCCAUUGGCAGCGAUAGCUCCCGUGUUGGUGGCCACACCAGUGUCAUGGGUUCCGAUGGUGUCCCCGGCAGCUGGACAUAUCUGGGGGAUCAGGAUAAAAACAACGGCGGAGGCAGCAGCUCGAGUGGCAGCAGCAGCAGCAGCAGUGGCUCUGGGAGCGGUAGCAACGGGGGCUCUGGCAGCGGCGGUAGUCGGGAGCGGGAACGGGACAGGGACAGGGAGCGGGAUGCACAGAGCUCUUCCUAUGGUGGCCGACCACGUCCUCUAGGCGUUAGCUAUCUGCUCGAACGGGACUCGGACGCCGCAUCGGAUGGACCCGGGAACACGGCGAAUCCAGCUGGCAAUGGUGGUAGUGGAAUUAGUGGUGUUGGUUCUGGUGGUCAGAGCAUGCCGGUCCCAGCUGCACAGACAGCCGCCGAGGGAAGCACCGGAAAGGCGGCGGAGCAGUGAUUCCUUGUCCCGGAAACGGAAAUGGAACUCGCACCCAAGUUGGUUCCGGUUCCGGAACUGGAACGUUAGAAGUUCCAGCGGCUGGGAUAACUGUCGUCCCCAUGUGGGCGUGGCAGGGCUUAGUGUAACCUACCUUCCGUAUUUAUGUGUAAUUCGUAAGCUAAGUCUCCAAAGAAACUAUUUAUGUGUGGCACAGCUUUGCUCAAAUAAACAAACUUCAAAGAUUCUCAA